AUGUUUUCACUGCAGAAAACACAAAUUGAGGUGGAGUAUUUAGAGAUGCAAGUCCAAAAUGGGCUUGCUGAGGAAAAGGAUUUACUUACUGCUCAAAAUAAGCUGCUUACUGUAAUUGAAUAUCAAGAAAUUUUCCUUAUGCAGAAGGCCUCUCUCAAUAUCUUCACUGAUGGUGACAGGAAUACAAAAUUUUGUCGUGCUUAUAUCAAAAAUAAAAGGAAAUGUAACACUAUUCAUUCCAUACAGUCCACUAAGGGAAUUUGGCUUAAAGAUAAUGAAUCCAUAGCUAGAGAUGUUUUUUGUUAUUAUCAACAACUUUUAAAGCAUACUGAAGAUUACAAGACACCAAUUGAUAGGACUUACUUCAAUGCUGAAAGAUCAUACACUAUGGCUCUUAAACUCACUGAUCCUCCUACUGAGCAAGAGAUUUGGCUGGAUAUUAAUUCUAUAGAUAGCUCCAAAUCUGCUGGCCUUGAUGGGUUCACUGUAGAUUUUUAUAAGAAAUCUUGGGACUUUAUCAAGAAGGAUGUUACUGAUGGUAUUAAAGGCUUCUUCCAGUGCAAUAACCUUCCACAGUACAUCAGUGAAUUCAAUUUUAUUUAG